AGUCACACUGACAGUUAUCAUCAGGUUUUACGAAACAUCAAACGGACACACUGCAAUAAUAGAUAAUGCUGGUCGGCGGCUCGCUUCGUGUGUAUCUUGUCGGAACGGAUACUAUAUUUGACGGUCAACAACGCGGACGAGAAAAUUGGUUUUAUCGCGUUUCCGGGUAUCCGAACGAAAAGAAGAACGAUUUCGUGCUUAAAAUAUUCUGAACGCGCGUUGCGUUGAAUACGACGAUUGUGGUACGGCCUCAGCAUCGUUCGAAUCUAUUCGGGAUUCCCAGUCUCCGAAACUCAUACAUACAAUAUCAGAGUACGACGACGGUUGCCACAUCCUACGCGAGACGCGACCGCUUGGUCUUCGGUGUAAUUAAAAAAAAAAAAAAAAUAAAAAAUAAAAUUACAGUCGAAACAGACUUUAUCAGAGAAACGGACUGUUGCUCCGGGCAGAUGAGCUUUGUCUCUUGCUUGAGUGGCUCGGAAUCUCAUCGACUCCGUGCGUGGCACAUGUAACAGUAAACAACGUAUAGUAGUGACUCUCACUUUGCGGUAGUAACAAUUUAGCACCGUACACACGUAAUAGCAAGGAGACAUUCUUGCCGGUCUCUAUCCGAGAAUAAUUAACGAAUGCGUCAAGUGCACGAUUUUCUACUCGUCAUCGACCGUGUUACUUAAGACAUCCGCGAUUGCGGAGAACGUGUAAAUUUACUGAACAUGACCUAGUGCAAGUCAGUUGGGAACGUCAACUGAUGGGAUAUUAUCUACAUUGGAAUAAUAGGGAUUAAAGCAACGAUCAUGGACGAAAAAGAUGCGAUUUUCACGAGUACGACGCUGCAAGAGGUACUCGAGACGACCAUUUCUCACUACACAACGAUGAGUCCGCAUGUAAAUUUGACCCAAGUUCACGGUGGCAAAACUCAACUGAAACUCUACGACAUCUUCAUACCGGGCCUUGGCGGGCUCAUUAUCAUCACGAAUCUUAUGGUAGUUCUAUCCUCGGGAUUGUUACUUAAAAAAGGAGCAAAUCCAAGGACGACAUACCUCUUUCUGGGAAACGUUGCCAUGGCAGAUUUAGUCACAGGACUUGCUGUGCUUUUCGGGCAAUACUACCCAAAAGAGUCUCGUAGUCAUUUUUCGUGCUCCAUUCAGAUAGGUUUAAUCGUUUCUAGUACGCUCGCUUCCAUAUACUCAGUUGGUCUGAUAGCAGUGGACCGAUUCCUCUACAUAGUACAUGGCUUGAAGUAUCAUCGUUGGGUCUAUCCUACACGUGCUCGACUGUUGAUCACAUUCACCUGGGCAAUAGGAAUCAUUCUUGGAUUCCUCCCAGCUACAGGUUUAUGGAGUGGAGCAACACAGGGUGGAAAGAUUUGUUGGUUCAUCACGUUAGCACCGUCGGGUCUCAUUUUAUUGAUAACGUUCGCUGGACUUCUUCCUGUGAUCCUAGUUGUGGUUUUGUACAGUAUUAUUCUCUAUCAUGCUGUGAAAAAGGUUGUACAAUUGCGGAAGGCAGAUAGAAGGGAUAAUCCGCGAGAUGUACAUCAGUCUGAGGGCUUAAGAAUAUUUCGUGGUAACACCGUUAAUGAAGAUCCUGGUCACACUCAGCAGAGCAUACAGAGAAAACCAUCGCACGUAAAAGCUGUGAAAGUAGUGGCCUUCACUUGUGGGAGUUUUGUUCUUACUUGGCUGCCAUACUUCAUCGCUAGUUGCAUGUACGUUUUUUGCGAGCAGGCAAACGGCGAUUGUAAAACACUGAAAGUGGCAAUAGCAUCUCCCCUUGCCAUACUCGGAUUCCUCAACUCCUUAUUGAAUCCGAUUAUCUACGCUUGGUGGCAUAACGGCUUCCGUACUUUUGUGCGGAAACUUUUGUGCCGAAAGCAAGAUGCUAACAAAGAGUUCAGUACUACAACCACUAAGUCUAGUGCAUCAUCCAGUCGACGAAAUGUAUCGAGGAAAUCAUCAAGCAACAGCAACCAGAGCGAAUCAAACAUGCAAACCGUUCAGCUACAAAUCUCUUGAGCCAUAUCAGACACUGGGAUCAGCAUCCGAAAAAAGAUGACUGAACAGGAAUGUAUCUCAUAAGCACUUCAUAUCUUUCGUAAAAGAUGAUAAUCGAAAUCGCCCGAGGUCCAGUGACUGUCAUAAAAAAAAUGUAUUUAAGAUCUUGUAAAUUCAAAAAUGAAAUUGAUGUAAUGUUUCGUACAGAUUCUUCCCAAGGCGUCUGAUAAUUUUCAGUUCGGUUAAGACACAAAAGUUUUGAUUGAGUUCAAGAUCAGAAUGAGCUUCAUUUCAUUGUGAACAAGGUUAACAGGUAAAAGGGGAAAAAUGCGUAGAAAAUUGAAGAGCAGUCAGGCAUGCUGACAUAUUUUGUCACCAGUUUUUAAAAACUAUCGAUUUAUUUCUACCAAUUAAAAACAAUAAAUUUAUUAGUUCGA